CGAAAAUUCAAUUAUACUGUGUGAAUACCGUGCGCCGGAACUAACCAAUCACUCAAUGCGAAGCGGACAGCCUGGACUCAAGAUCAAGGACGCACCCUGAGCACCUCGGCGCUUCGCGCAUCUUUGUGCUCUCUAGUUGGCAAUAAGCUUCCCUGUUGGCUGAUUCUGCUCCUUGCAGUGACUUCCGGGAGCCUGUUUCUCCAGUUAUUUACAACAACUGACCCCAUCCACAGUGCUUGUAUUUCUCUUAUCACUCUUCUCGAUAGGUUGCGGCUCAUUGAGGCUAAGGGGGACCCCUAUUCCAUAGAAUUUUACCGUCGUCCUUCAUCGAGGGCCGUUCACCCGUUCACUAUCUUCUCCCUGGAUAUUUUAACUCGAGCAAACGGCGGGCAUUGUCCUUACUAGAUCAGGGCAUCAUUCGUAUUCUUACAUUUCCGUACAUUAGAGUUAUCCCGUGGGGCUAAAUAGAGUUAGUUGUUCUCCAGUGCAAUCGUGUGACCGAUUUAGUAAUGAAAGCCUUCUUGAAGCAGGCAUUAUCACUGUGCAACAUUCAUAUGUCAUCACCCAUGGGUGGUGAGACGCGCCAGACGAAGGAAGACAGAAGUAAGAUCUCUUUCUCCCCGGUCAUACGCACAGAGCAAAAGGCAUUAUUGUUGAACCGACGUUCCGGACAGUUGAAGCGGCUACGAAAUGCACGGUAUCAGCGCAUUACAAGAUCUAAACAAAGUUGGAAAUUAGUCAACAACAAACCCAGACACAAAUCCAAAGAACAAACCAGUUCUCCGCGAGUUACAAUGCGUACUCAAGAAGCUGCUCCACAGUUAUUAUCCUUGGCUAAGCAGAUUGUGCGAACUCGGAACUCUCUUUUUGGAGGCACGACACGACGAGCCUUUACCAAGAAGGAACCGAAAUCCAUACUGUUCGCGGAUGAAACAUUUCGUCAUCAUGGGAAGACUGUCAAAGAUAUAGUUUGCUCUUAAGAUCUCACCAAUUGGCGUUUCUGUACAUACUUGCCUGCGGUACAAAGAAUUCCACAGUGAAAUUACUGCCUGUUUUUAACCAGUUCUGUAUGGAAACAAAAAUAGGGUUUAGUAGCAUUUUCAUGCAGCUUGUGGUCUUCUUCAGG